AUGCCGGAUGGCGUGGCGGCAGCAGGGGCAAAUCCAGCGGGAGGGGCCUCCCCAUGCUAUAGCAUGCCUCGGCAGCAACGGAGAGCGACACUGCUGUCUAUCAGGAGCAGCAGGACCGCUAGAGGAGCUCAGCUCUCCGCUGAGGCGAUUCGCCAGUUCUUCGAUACAAAGCCUGCGGAAGACUCGGGGGGAACCACCACAAACUCGAGGAAGUUAGACUGCAGCCUCUUCAACAGCCAGGCGCAACAGGAUGCCUCUGCCCCCCGACACCUCGUGGCUGCAGUGCCUUGCCUGCCCGCAAGAGCAGCAGCCGACACAGCUGUGGCAACGGCAGUCGCUGCAUCGGGAACAGGAGCGCUUCUCGCCAAAGAUCUUGCAGCAACUGUGUCUCCUACGGCAUCCAAAGGGGAAGCGUCAGGAAGUGAGGCGAGGAAGCCCAGGAAUGACUCUGCACCGGCAAUGCAGCGUCCUCUUCAAGACGCCUUUGGCUUCUGUGGUGCCGUUGCAGCAGCCUUUGGAGAGCCAACAGUGGCUGCAUCAGACGCUGAAGGGGCGCGAGCUGUGCCUUUUCGCUGGAAACUGAAACGCAGCACGGGCACAUCUUGGGGGACCUCAUAUGUCAUACCCCCACGUGUUGCUGGUUCUGCCAUGAGCGCCUCUAGCUGCGGCAAUGCCUUUACCACCACACGAAAAGGCGAGAAUUCCGGAGGCUACAGACUUGCCUUGGGGGCGUCUUCUCCCGCUCUGCAGAGUUUCGUAGGACAGAGCUCUCCAGCCACAGACACAGAGGCUCUAAGAGUCUCCUCCUGUUCAGCUAUCACAAAGAAAGAAACCAUCGCAGACUCGAAAAAUAGCCGCAGUUUCGUGGAUUGUAUGGCACCUGCUACUCCUGCUGCUUCGCAUUCGCGACCAUGGGCAGAGCUGCCAGAGCCGCUGGUGCUGCAAGUUCUCGAUUAUGGCGGAAAAGAACUCGGCAUGACAUGUCGCCGAUUCGCAGGAGUCGUUCGUCGUCAGCGCCGCGUGUUACGUUUCUCUGGGGAUGCCUCGAUGUCUACCACUUUUGCAGAGACCCUCGUAAAGGCAAUCAUGAGCUCCCCGAGUUUGCGGCUGCUAGAGGUCACCGCAGGCGGUGGGCUGAGUGCGUCUCAGCUGGAGCGGCUAUCCAGAGCUCGUAGCAGCGCCUUGCCCCAGAAACUGCAGGUUCUUGUCUUGCGGCGUUGCAACAGACUGACGGAUAAGAGUCUGAGGACGCUGCUGCUCAGGCUGCGCGAACUCCGGUGUGUUGACUUGAGAGACUCCUUCUCGUUGACAGAUGAGGCACUCUCCACACUGGGCCUGCUGCCGCGGCUUGAACGCGUGGCAUUGGGGCUAACAGCGGGAGCCAGGGGAUGCUGUCGCCUCACCUGCCGCGCGCUUAAGGCCCUUUUCACACCGCAACACAAGCAGCAUGUGCAGCAGCAGCAGGAAGAGGAGUGCAUCUCGCCAGUCAAAUUUCUCUCUCUCGCUCGUUGCAGCGAGAUGAAGGACUUUGCAGUUUUGGCAGCAGCAGCCAAGACACUCGAGUUUCUUGACCUCCGAGGGACGGCCAUCGACGACUCUUCUGCCGCCGUCUUUGCUUCUCUGUCUAACCUUCAAGCGCUCGUUCUCGCAGACACCGCAGUCACAACGACAACAGUCUCAGCAGUGGUGGACGGCUGCUCGAAGCUGCAGAUGUUGGAUUUGUCGUGCACGGGACCUGUGUCUCGCGCCUGUCUCUUCCGUCUCGCCUUUUCUCUCCAAUCGAUUUCCCGCCUCAAGCUGAGCCACACUGCAGCUAUUGACGACGGCCUGCUUGCGCAUCUGCUGGCUGAGCUGCCUCUGCUAAAGUUUCUUGACGUUUCGCAUUGCUGGAGGGUUACUUCGGCCUUCUCCGAUUCGCCCUUCACCGUUGCCUCAGGGAAACAGCUGAAGCGCUUGGGCCUGUUUGGGUGUAAUGUCGAGAGACAACGAGUCGAGGCUGCUCUCAUCGCCGCGGGGGCUACAAACGCUCGAUUGUCUUUACACAAUGAAAUGGUUUUGUUUGAUAUGCCUCGGGUGUACGCAACAAUGAAUGGGCUCGACAUUUGA